UUGAAUGUGAAUCAGUUUUGACGCGAAUCCACCGAAGAAAUAAUCUCCCAACAUGAAGUUUUUUGAGUUUUUCUUGGCCAUUACUUUCGUGGUGCUCGUUUCAUCGGCGGAAGAAAAAACCCGAGAGGAGAUUUGCGCAUUGUCAUUAGAACCUAAAGAGAUAGCAUGUAAGGCUAGAAUACUGCGUUGGUUCCAUAAUUCAGAGACUGGGCGGUGUGAGAGUUUCAUUUAUGGUGGGUGUUUGGGCAACGAGAACAAUUUUGACUCCAAGGAAGAAUGUCAAGAGUUUUGUGGUGUCAAAGAGUAUUGCACAUUGCCAAAAGUAAUUGGUUAUUGUAAAGCCAUCAUACCAAGCUAUUACUACAACUCUGCCAGUGAUAAAUGUGAAUAUUUCCAGUAUGGUGGAUGUGGAGGCAAUGAAAAUCGAUUCAACACUAAAGAAUAUUGUGAACGAAAUUGUAAACCUUAUUCCGCCUAUUUAUGAUUAAAGAUAAAAUGCGUUUACUUUUGAAAUUAUUAUAUUUGCGAACGAAA